CGGACAAACCUGAAAAUUACCACUCUGCCCCUCCUCUCACACACAGAGAAGAAGAGCCAAAAAGCUUCGUCUCUCUCUUCGCAUUUCUAAAAAACGCAGCGUUUAAUCCUUCUUCUUCGAUUCUCUCUCUGUGUUUCGAAUUCUUCGAAUUCCAUUUAGAUGGCAAAUGAACAGGAUGACACUGUCCGUAAAGUUGAUGAGCCUGCCACUAGUGCUCAUGAUAAUAAUAAUUCUUCUAACCAAGGUGGUUCUAUGCCAAGUGGGCUUGUUUGUGAUCCAAAUGUAGAUAGUGAAAGCAAUGAAGUUUGCACACCUAAUGAUGCUACCAGUUACAAGCAUAACAUUCCAUAUAUUUAUAGGCAAGAUGUUGUGUUGAACAAUAGCAAAAAUAAAAUUGGGAUAGUAACUGAAGCUUCUGGGGAUACGGAUUCAGAUAGCAGCAUUACUGAUGAAGAGGAUGAUGAUGACGGGGAUGACGACGAUGAUGGUGAUGAAAAUGAGGAAGAAGAUGGUGAUGGAAAUAGUAUUUCCAAUGGCAAUGGUGAUUGGGACAGAGGUGGUGGAAAAAGUGGUCCUCUUCUAGCUGAUCAGGUUCGAGUACUUUGGAUUGAUGAAACUGAGUCGACUGAAAAUAUUCAUGAUGUAAAAGUUGUUGACCGUGGAUUCUUACAUGGAGAUUUUGUUGCUUCUGCUUCAGACCCAACUGGGCAAGUGGGUGUUGUGGUUGAUGUUAAUAUCUCUGUUGAUUUGUUAGCUCCUGAUGGAUCUACUAUACAAGGUGUUUCAUCCAAAGACUUGAAACGUGUGAGGGAUUUCACUGUGGGUGACUAUGUGGUCCUUGGUCCCUGGCUAGGUAGAAUUGAUGAUGUUUUAGAUAAUGUGACUGUGUUGUUUGAUGAUGGUUCUGUGUGUAAAGUUUCGAAAGCUGAGCCACUCCGUCUAAAACCAAUUUCCAAGAAUAUCCUUGAAGAUGGGCAUUUUCCAUAUUAUCCAGGCCAACGUGUAAGGGCCAGUUCUUCAUCAGUUUUCAAGAAUUCUAGGUGGAUAUCUGGCUUGUGGAAAGCUACUCGGUUGGAAGGUACCGUUACAAAGGUUACAGUUGGAUCAGUUUUUAUUUAUUGGAUAGCAUCCGCUGGCUAUGGACCUGAUUCUUCCACUGCCCCCGCUGAAGAGCAGAGUCCAAAGAACUUAAAACUGUUAUCCUGUUUUGCUCAUGCAAAUUGGCAAUUGGGUGACUGGUGUCUUUUUCCAUCAUUGGCACUUUCAUCCUCCAAUCCCUUAGACAAAGGUUUAUCAAAAUUAGAACUUCACGAUUCUGCCAACGGAGAAUUAGAUUUCACUCAAAUGGGAAGUGGUUGUGAUUCAGAAGAGGUUUCAUUGGAGGAAUCAACUGGAAAUACUGAAUCCAUGGAUCUUGAUCCAGUUGCUGCAGUGGAUGGAAAUGAUAAAAAUGGUGAAAGAAACGAGCCCGAGUCUAGCUCUUGCGGUAGUUCAUUGUCAGUUUCGAAGGAGCCUGUCCAUGAAUCUUGGCCUCUUCAUCGCAAGAAGAUCCGUAAAGUUGUGGUUAGGAGGGACAAGAAGGCUCGAAAGAAAGAGGAAAGUUAUGAAAGAGCCCUUUUGAUUGUCAAUUCUAGGACAAAAGUUGAUGUGGCAUGGCAGGAUGGAACGACAGGUUGCAGACUGGAUUCAACAAGGUUAAUUCCUAUUGAUAGUCCUGGUGAUCAUGAAUUUGUUGCCGAACAGUAUGUGGUGGAGAAGGCCUCUGAUGAUGGUGAUGAUGUUGGUGAAGCCAGGCGUGUUGGGGUUGUGAAAAGUGUUAACGCGAAGGAGAGAACUGCCUGUGUGAGGUGGUUAAAGCCAGUUGCCCGAGCAGAAGAUCCUCGAGAGUUUGACAUGGAGGAAGUUGUAAGCGUCUAUGAAUUGGAAGGGCAUCCAGAUUAUGAUUACUGCUAUGGGGAUGUAGUUGUUCGAUUGUCUCCCGUUUCUGUUCCUGCAGAAACAGCUUCUGGUGUGGACUCUGCUGAGGAACCAAAGCAUCAAAAUGGACCAAAUGAGGUUAAACGGGAUAUGAAAAAGCGCUCAGGAAGUAAGAAAGUUGAUGAUGCAUCUGGAAGUAAAGCUUCUAAUAACUUCACAGAUCUCUCUUGGGUUGGGAAUAUAACUGGUCUCAAGAAUGGUGAUAUUGAAGUCACAUGGGCAGAUGGGAUGGUUUCAACGGUUGGACCUCAAGCAAUAUAUGUUGUUGGUCGAGAUGAUGAUGAUGAGUCAAUGGCUGCUGGGAGUGAAGUUAGUGAUGAUGCUGCUAGUUGGGAAACGGUAAAUGAUGAUGAGAUGGACACCCUUGAGAAUGCUCAAGAGGAAGAUGGGCAGCAUAAUGCCACCGACAUUGACAUCAACUCUGACCUUGAAGAAAGUGGAGAGAAUUCUGGCAAAAAUUCAGCAUUUUCAGUUCCCUUAGCUGCACUACGAUAUGUAACAAAACUGGCCACUGGAAUUUUCUCACGGGGACAAAAGAAUUUAGAUCCAAGCUGUUUGGAUUCCAAAGUUGAAAGUGAGCUUGAAUCCGAGAAGACAAUAAAGAUUUCUGAGGUAAAAGAUCCUAGUGAUGAGUCUAGCUCUCAGAAAUUAAAUGUAAUUGAUCAAUGUGGUAUGGAAAUUAAAGAAGAGGUCACCCCAGAGGCCCAAGAAGUGUUUGAAGCAGCAGAAGCUUUAUGUGGCUUAAGUGCUGAUUCUGCUGAAGAAUCAUAUCCUCCAGCAUGUUCUGAUGAUGAUAAUACUUGCAGUUUCAAACACUUUGAUACAGCUAAAGAUCCCUUGGACCAUUAUUUCCUUGGCGCAUAUGGACAGAAUAACAAUGGAAGGAGGUGGUUUAAGAAGGUUCAACAAGAUUGGAGCAUACUACAGAAUAACCUCCCUGGUACAAUCUAUGUACGAGUUUAUGAAGAUCGAAUGGAUCUCUUAAGGGCAGUUAUAGUUGGGGCAUAUGGGACGCCUUACCAGGAUGGCCUCUUCUUCUUUGAUUUUCACCUUCCACCAGAGUACCCUGAUGUUCCACCGUCAGCAUACUAUCAUUCUGGUGGCUGGCGGAUAAAUCCAAAUUUAUAUGAGGAAGGCAAGGUGUGCCUUAGCCUUUUAAAUACAUGGACUGGCAAAGGAAAUGAAGUCUGGGAUCCAAAGUCUUCUAGUAUCUUACAAGUGCUAGUUUCACUCCAAGGGUUAGUGCUAAAUUCUAAGCCAUAUUUUAAUGAAGCUGGGUAUGAUAAGCAGAUUGGGACAGCUGAAGGAGAGAAAAAUUCAUUGUCAUACAAUGAGAAUACUUUCUUGCUGAACUGCAAGACAAUGAUGUAUCUUUUGAGGAAGCCACCCAAGGACUUUGAAGAGCUUGUCAGAGACCAUUUCAGGAAGCGUGGUUAUUACAUCCUUAAGGCCUGUGAUGCAUAUAUGAAAGGUUAUUUAAUAGGCUCCCUCACCGAGGAUGCCUCUGUAAGCGAUAAGAGCAGUGCCAAUUCAACUUCAGUUGGUUUCAAGCUGAUGUUGGCAAAGAUAGGGCCAAGACUUUUCUUGGCACUCAGUGAAGUUGGAGUUGAUUGUCAUGAGUUUAGGCAUCUGCAACAGUCUUAAGUGAAUUUGGAGGGUCAACCUCCCAACAAAUUUAUAAAGCAAACAAGGUCAGUCAUUUGAUUCAUUGCUGCUACUUCAGAUUUCCAGAUACCAUCAAUGUAAAGGACUUUCAUGCUUUAUGAAUGUUUCAUUUACAUGACUCAUCAUCAGAAACCUUUUCUAUCUUGUUUGAAAGCCUUGUCUAUUUUUAGGAGCAAGGGAUAUUUGGAGCAAAAUGGCUGGAUCUCCUAUUGCUUUAAAAAAUGAAACUUUUCAUCGGCUAACACAGUAUACUGGGAAUGAUUGCAUUCGUUUGGAUUUGGCUCCUAA